CUUUGCAGGCCCGUCGGUUGACUGGAUCAUCAGGGCCUCGGGGAUUCCAACUUGCCGAGGGAGGAGGGAAUGUGAGGAAGAAAACCUGGGAGCGGGGAGACUGCAGCUUACCUCCUUGGAACAGAGGCCUGUUAUUAGCCCCGGGCCCCGCGUUACCUCUGGGCAGGAGGGGGCGACGGCGGGAGCCUGAUCUUGUUAGGUAUCUGAAGUAACCAGUAAAGCAGGAUGUCUUCAGUAUGUUCUGAGUAUACAAUUGGUGGGGUGAAGAUUAACUUUCCUUGUAAAGCUUAUCCAUCACAGCUUGCUAUGAUGAAUUCUAUUGUCAGAGGAUUAAAUAGUAAGCAGCAUUGUUUGUUGGAGAGCCCCACAGGGAGUGGGAAAAGCUUAGCCUUACUUUGCUCUGCUUUAGCAUGGCAACAAUCUCUUAGUGGGAAGCCAGUGGAUGAAGGCUUAAGUAAAAAAGCUGAAGUACCAUUGUCGUGUUGUUGUACAUGCCAUUCAAAGAAUUUUACAAACAAUGACGUGAACCAGGGAACUUCAUAUCAUUUCAACAGUCCAAGUACACCGCCUUCUGAAAGAAAUGGCACUUUGUCAACUUGUCAAGACUCUCCUGAAAAAACUACACUGUCUGCAAAGCUAUCUGCUAAGAAACAGGCAUCCAGGUACAGAGAUGAAAAUGAUGAUUUUCAAGUAGAGAAGAAAAGAAUUCGACCCUUAGAGACUACACAGCAGAUUAGAAAACGUCAUUGUUUUGAAAAGGAGGUGCACCAUUUGGAUGCAAAAGUUGCUUCAGGAAAGACCACAAAACUCAACUCCCCAUUAGGAAAGAUAAACUCCUUUUCUCCACAAAAUCCCCCUGGUAACUGUUCUAGGUGCUGUUGUUCUACUAAACAAGGAAACAGUCAAGAUUCUUCAAAUACCGCUAAGAAGGAUCAUGGGGGGAAGUCCAAGAUACCCAAAAUAUAUUUUGGGACACGCACACACAAGCAGAUUGCUCAGAUUACUAGAGAGCUCCGGAGGACAGCAUACUCAGGGGUCCCAAUGACUAUUCUUUCCAGCAGGGAUCACACUUGUGUCCAUCCUGAAGUAGUAGGUAACUUCAACAGAAAUGAAAAGUGCAUGGAAUUGCUAGAUGGAAAAAAUGGAAAAUCCUGCUAUUUUUAUCAUGGUGUUCAUAAAAUUAGUGAUCAACACGUAUUACAGACUCUCCAAGGGAUGUGCAAGGCCUGGGAUAUAGAAGAAUUCGUCAGCUUGGGGAAAAAACUAAAGGCAUGUCCAUAUUACACAGCACGAGAACUAAUGCAAGAUGCUGACAUAAUAUUUUGUCCCUACAACUAUCUUCUAGAUGCACAAAUAAGGGAAAGUAUGGAUAUCAGUCUGAAAGAACAGGUUGUCAUUUUAGAUGAAGCUCAUAACAUUGAGGACUGUGCUCGGGAAUCAGCAAGUUUCAGUGUAACGGAAGUUCAGCUUCGGUUUGCUCGGGAUGAACUAGAUAGUAUGGUUAACAAUAACAUAAGGAAGAAAGACCAUGAACCCCUGCGAGCUGUGUGCUAUAGCCUCAUUAAUUGGUUAGAAGCAAACUCUGAACAUCUUGUGGAAAGGGGUUAUGAAUCAUCCUGUAAAGUAUGGAGUGGAAGUGAAAUGCUCUUAAAUUUAUACAAAAUGGGCAUAACCACUGCUACUUUUCCCAUUUUGCAGGGACAUUUUUCUGCUAUCCUUCAAAAAGAAGAAAAAGUCUCAUCAGUUCAUGGUAAAGAGGAGGCAAUAGAAGUACCUAUUAUUAGUGCUUCAACUCAAAUAAUGCUCAAAGGACUUUUUAUGGUGCUUGACUAUCUUUUUAGGCAAAAUAGCAGAUUUGCAGAUGAUUAUAAAGUCGCUAUUCAACAGACUUACUCUUGGAUAAAUCAGACUGAUAUUUCAGAUAAAAAUGGGUUCUUGGUUCUACCAAAAAAUAAGAAACGUUUACGAGAGAAAACAGCAGUUCAUGUGCUGAAUUUUUGGUGCUUAAAUCCAGCUGUGGCCUUUUCAGAUAUUAAUGGCAAGGUUUGGACGAUUGUUUUGACAUCUGGGACAUUAUCACCAAUGAAAUCCUUUUCAUCAGAACUUGGUGUUACAUUUACUAUCCAACUGGAGGCUAAUCAUGUCAUUAAUAACUCACAGGUUUGGGUUGGCACCAUUGGGUCAGGCCCCAAGGGUCGCAAUCUCUGUGCUACCUUCCAGCACACGGAAACAUUUGAGUUCCAGGAUGAAGUGGGAGCACUUGUGUUAUCUGUGUGCCAGACUGUGAGCCAAGGAAUUUUGUGUUUCCUGCCAUCUUACAAGUUAUUAGAAAAGUUAAAAGAACGUUGGCUCUCCACUGGUGUAUGGCAUAAUCUGGAGUUGGUGAAGACAGUCAUUGUAGAACCACAGAGAGGAGAAAAAACUGAUUUUGAUGAAUUACUGCAGGUGUACUAUGAUGCGAUCAAGUACAAAGGAGAAAAAGAUGGUGCCCUCCUGGUGGCAGUUUGUCGUGGUAAAGUGAGUGAGGGUCUGGAUUUCUCAGAUGACAACGCCCGUGCUGUCAUAACAAUAGGAAUUCCUUUUCCAAAUGUGAAAGAUCUACAGAUAUCCAGUUUUCCCACCGCCAUUCCUAAAGAGACUAUCUUUCCCCAUUGUCUGUUCUUGGUGCCCUUGUCAAAGGUUGAACUAAAGCGACAAUAUAAUGACCAGCAUUCAAAAUUAAGAGGUCUUUUACCAGGUCGUCAAUGGUACGAAAUUCAAGCAUACAGGGCCUUAAACCAGGCCCUAGGUAGGUGUAUUCGACACAAAAAUGAUUGGGGAGCUCUUAUUCUAGUGGAUGAUCGCUUCAGGAGUAACCCAAGUCGAUACAUAUCUGGACUUUCUAAGUGGGUUCGGCAGCUGAUUCAGCACCAUUCAACCUUUGAGAGUGCGCUGGAGUCCUUGGCUGAAUUUUCCAAAAAGCACCAAAAGGUCAAUGAUAUAUACAAAGAAGAAAGAAAAUCUAUACAGGACAAUGAGUCUACGCUUGCAGUGGCUUGUUUGAAGGAUAAUACCUCAACUUAUUUAUUAGAAGCAGCAAGCCAUCUAUCACCAGAGUAUCCUAGGGAAGAUGAUCCAUUAUUGUUGGAAGAGUCUGCCCAGGCAGUAGGAGCAGAAAAAAUUGUGAUUUCCAGAUCCACAAGCCCAACCUUCAACAAACAAACAAACAGAGUUAGCUGGUCUGGCAGUAAUUUUCUGGAACAGUAUCUUACUGGUAAAAUUCUGACUGGAACACCUAAGUUUAGGUCAUCAGAGGACUGUGACUCUAAUUCUUCCCCUUUCAAAACAGAAAAGGGAUGUGAAGCAGUUUUGCCACUCACUGGUAAAUAUGAGUCCUCCUCUCUGACAGUAAACACAUCACUUGGACCAUGCCCUCAAUCAGAAACCAUUGUUCCAUCAAUAAGGAUUAAUGCUACUCUUCUGAAUCCAGAAGAUCCAGACAUUCAGUUGUCUCUAGUAUGUGAAGAAGCUGAACUUUCUACUUCAAAUACAGCUUUUGAAACAGAAGCAGAGGAUGAAUCUAUCUAUUUUACACCCGAACUUUAUGAUCCCAUAGAUACAAAUGAAGAAAAGAAUGAACUAGUUGGAACUGAUAGAGACAACAGAUUGGCUAAUAAUUCAAAUUGCAUUUUAGCUGAAGAUCUUUUUGAAAUUAAAACUAUGAAAGGAGUGGAUUCAGUCAGAGAAAUGAAAGCUGAGGAUUGCACAGGCACAAAGUUGAAUAGAUUCAUGCAUAUUAAAGAAAGUAAAGUUGAUGACAUUGGUAGUAAUGUAAAAACGACUCAUAUAAAUGAAUUGGAACUGGGAAAAAACUCAUGAAACGGAUAUAAAGAACUUUAAACAGUCUCCUUCCAAAAAUAAAGAUGUGUUCCCUGGUGUUAGGUAAUAAUACUUAACUGUCAAGGUAUAAAAACAUGUCGUCAAAAAAAAAUAACAAAAAAACAAAAAAAAACAUGUCGUCAUGCUUAUAUUAAACUCUAUUGUAAAUGAUAAUUUGUACAUUGGAUAAGUGACAGCUUUUUUUUAAUUUGAGAUAUAUAAUUCACUUUAAUCCAAAGUCUAUAUUAUGUUCAGAAAUAUAAGUUUUACUAUUCUCAAGUUUUGAUAAAUUGAUUCAUAAAAAAUAUUUUCCUCCAAGUCUUCCUUAGCUAAAUGCAAUAUUAAUCAAUCCGGAAGAUAUGUAGUUUCCUAAGGCACUUUAAAUUUCACAUAAAUAUUUGUAUUUUGUAGUCCUCUUCAUCCAUUUGUUUUCAUACUGUUGCGUAAAAAUUAAUAGCAAUCUAAUCCAGUCACCCCUCAGUCAUGUUUCACUGUAGAUUUUACCUCAGAUCAGUCUGAGGUUUUUUUUUUAGAAAUCAGUUUUCUUGAAAAGUAUAUUCCUGUAUUAAACUGCCUACUUAUAAGUAAUUAAGAAUUAAGGAAGAAAACUACAUGCAUUUUUAAUUGAAAUUGUUUUACAUUUUUUGUUUGUUAAACCAAAACCAAGCAUGUUUUAAACAAAUUUAUGUAAAAUUGUAAAAUGCCAAAUGAAGGACUGCAAAUUUUCAAUUCUAAUUAUUUAGCUUCAUCACCAUUGUGGAAAAAAGUGACAUGUUCUAGCAUAAAGGCUUCAGUUAUGCAACUAAGAUAGAAAACUUCAAAUAUAAAUUUAAUAAGUAAAGCUAAACAUGUAACUGUAGCUGAAAAAUGUUCCCUUAUAGCUCAGUAAACUUUUCUGUAAAUUUUGACUCUUUGUUUUUGUGAAUGAAGCUACACUUCUGAUCAAAAAUGGUUAUAAAAGUAGCUCUUCUCUGACAUCAUUCCAAAGAUACAUUCACCAAUCUUUUCCAAGAAACAUCUGUUACUCAAUAGACAUUUAGGCUUCCUGGAGUGAUUUGAAUUGAAAUUUUAUGAGCUGUUCAAGUUGUUGAUGUGGUUUAUUAUUUUCAAGUCAAAAUUCUCAGCAGUCAGGUAUCUUUUAUAUUCAUUUGGAACAAUGAUUUAUUAUAUAUGCAUAUGUUUACUUUCAUUUUGAUGACAUUUAUAUUGAAUACAGCUUAGUUGUUUCUAUAGCAUUGGAUGUUACAACUCUAAGCAUAGUUCAAAGAAAUUUAAAUUGAUAAUUUACCAGUUAAAGAAUUUAUCUGCAGAUUGGGAUAUAUUCAGUCUCACCUAGUAUUAGAUCUUUUUCUUAGGUGAUCAGUAAAAAGUUUCAAACACUGGAUUAGAAGGUAAUUUUUAAAUUGUUUUGAAAGGGUGAAAUCAUUUGUCCUCUUUGGAAUAGUUCUUAAUCCACACAUAAAGGGUGGUGUGGUAGUAGAAAAAAUACCAGGUGGAAGACCAGAAACUUGGGCUCGAUUCUUGGCUCUGCCACUAAUUUUCUAAGUCAUGUUGGCAAUCACCAUGCCUUUUGGGGAAUUAGUUUCAUCUGUGAAAUGUGUAGUUUAGUACUAUAAAAUCAUGCAAAUCCCUUUCAGCUUUAAAAAUCCAUAAUUUAAAGGAAUAUAUGUUGAUAUUUUAUUCUGAAUCAAUUUUCAUUUGCUUUGGUUGCAAAAUGCUUAAAAUAAAGCAAACCAUUUGUAUAAAAGGUAACAUGAAUAAUUGUAUGAAUAUGUACAUAAUAACUUGGGAAGCAAGUGUUUAUUUUACCAGUGCUGCAAUUAAAAUAUUUUUGAAUCCUUAAAAUUGCCCUUAGAAGAAUUGGUAAACUACCUGAGAAAAAUCAAACACAUUAUUUUUUAGUCAUAUCUUAGUGCUAUUAUCCAGCUUGAUCUCAAAUACCAUCCCUUUCCCUAGAUAUAAUUUAUUCUUUCCAAAAUCUAAUUCUCUCCGAGGCUAAAAAUUUCCAUUACUGAGAAUGUACAUAGAGAUGUGGCACAAGCUUUUAGUAAUUCCAAGAGGUGUUUCAAAAAUUUUGUACAAUGGUAUCACGGUUGAAUCAGGUAUAUAGUCUCCUCAGAUCACAGCUUUGACCAGUAUGGUAUUGCAAGAAGUAAAGUCUAGCCUUUAUAAAGAGUGUGAGGUAAAACAUUUUCAUUAGUGAUAAAAUACUUUUUAAAGAGAUGUUUUAGAAAGUUUAAGUUAAAACAUGUAAAAGCAUUUAAAAGAGUAUCUGACACAUGGCAAGCCCUCAGUUAUUACUUGGUAAAUCAAUCAUGUAUCUGGAGUACACUCUCACUUUAUAUGAAGACUUCCUUAAUGAUGAUAGAUAGAUAGAUAGAUA